CUCGUAUCACAUAACGAUGUUAAGCGUUCAUGGUUCGUUUUUGGUGGCAUGCGUGUUGGAUGUAAUUGGAGCGUAUUUCAUGAAUCCAUGGCUGUUGUUGCCGUACAUUAUAAUCGAUGUGAUCAGACUGAGUCUUACUUGUUGGCUGUUUUGUAUUGUGUUGAUCACAAUAAAAAGAGCGGUUAAUUUGGGCGUGUUGAUCAUGUACGCGAUCUUGUUGUCAUUUGUAAUGUUUGUCCUGCUCUAUCUCUGGGGAUGUGUUUUUAGUUUGUUUCACGCUAUUUUCAUUGUAAGAACAAAAUCAUAUCGAUCAGUUUUCGGUGACGAUCCACUAGCACUGCCGCCGAAAUCCAUUCUGAACAAAUCGAAUGAAAAGGCCAAAGUUGAGCGCGUGAAAUUUUAUCCGUCGCCGAAUUUCAAUACGGAAGCCGAUAAAUUGAAGCCAGUGGUCGAAGUGAACAAAUCGGUCGCACAUCCAUUCGGCGUCAGACAAUCACGACGAAUCAAAAAUGACUACGUGAAUGAAUUGAGCGUUGGACAUGGAUAA